CCACCAUUUUUGUCGUCUCGCUGCGGAUAAGGGCCGGCCAGAGACAUCCCUGUCACGAGAAAGGCGAGGCAGCAAGCAAACGCACGCGCGGGAAUAAUUUAAUCGGGAAAGUGAAGACCCAAGCGGAAGCAAAGAUAAACUGCGCAAGGCAAUACCGGGAAGCAAUACGAGAUCGGAUUAACUUCCCAUUUUUCCGUGGAAAGUGGGGCGGCGUUGCGGCGGCCAGGAAGGCAAGAACUUGUCCAGAUUUUGGAUAAGCGGAGACGGGGCGGCCUGCCCGCCCACACGGCAUUCGCCUAUAAUAAGAAGGCCGGAGGUGGGAGAAAAGGAGAACUCUGUCUACACACGCGCGCACGAAAUUCUUCUCUCCGAUUUCUGUCUACUCUGUUCUUUGUUGUUGGGGUCGAGCAAGUGUGGGCGUUCUGGGAAAGGUGGAUAGUGGAUACUCCUAGAAAAGAAGGCUUGAAGAAAAGUAAUAAAGGAUUCGGGUUCAAAAUCAAGAUUCAGUUGUCCUAAUUGAGAAUCUGCUUUCAGUAAAAAAUUCAGAAUCUGCACACACAAACAGGAGGUUUGAAACAAAUGGGAAUUGGGGAUGGGUCAACUGGUGAAAGCCAGUAUGCAGCACACAAGGAAAUGCGAGAUGAGACCACCCCACUUCUCCCGGUCAAGGCAGAAGAGGAAGAGGGGAUUCAUGAGUUCAAUGGAGCCUCUUUCUCGGGUGCAGUUUUCAAUCUGUCAACAACCAUCGUAGGGGCUGGAAUUAUGGCCCUGCCAGCGAGUAUCAAAAUGCUAGGCAUUAUCCCUGGUAUUUUGAUGAUCAUCCUUGUGGCAUUGCUCACUGAGGCGUCCAUUGACAUGCUGGUCAGGUGCAGCCACCAGGGCAAGAUCACAUCCUAUGGGUGGCUGAUGGGUGACACGUUUGGUCAAUGGGGAAGGAUUGCACUACAAGCAUCUGUGGUGAUAAACAACAUCGGCGUCAUGAUUGUAUACAUGAUUAUCAUAGGGGAUGUGCUAUCCGGAACAUCGACUACAGGUGUUCAUCACCGUGGUAUCUUUGAGGGGUGGUUUGGACCUCAUUUGUGGAACUCUCGUCCUGUUGUCCUCCUUGCCACGACACUUUUUGUGUUUGCUCCAUUGGUGAGCUUCAAGCGAUUGGAUUCAUUGAGAUACACAUCUGCUCUAUCAGUUGCUCUGGCUGUGGUCUUUGUUGUCAUCACUGCUGGAAUUGCUAUCGUCAGGCUCAUAGAAGGAACUGCAGAGAUUCCCAAACUGUUCCCUGAGAUACAUGAAAUCAAUUCCAUCUGGGAACUCUUUACAGCUGUGCCGGUUCUUGUCACUGCCUACAUUUGCCACUACAAUGUUCACAGCAUUGAUAACGAAUUAGAAGAUAGAAGUCAGACUAAGACAAUUGUGCAAACUUCACUGGCUCUCUGUUCAAGUGUUUACAUAGCAACAAGCUUCUUUGCAUAUCUGCUCUUUGGCGAGGGUACCCUGUCCGAUGUGCUUGCUAAUUUUGACUCCAACCUUCAUAUUCCAUUUAGCUCUGUCUUCAAUGAUAUAGUGAGAGUUAGCUAUGCAGUCCAUGUCAUGCUCGUUUUCCCUAUAGUCUUCUUUGCUCUUAGGCUAAAUCUGGAUGGACUUCUUUUCCCCACCUCAAGGCACAUUUCUCGUGAUAACCGAAGGUUCACCAUUAUCACAAUCUCUCUCCUUGCUGUAAUUUAUCUUGCUGCCAACUUCAUACCAAGCAUCUGGGACGCGUUCCAAUUCACCGGUGCUACAGCUGCUGUCCUGAUUGGUUUCAUCUUUCCAGCCAUGAUCAUACUGAGGGAUGCUUACGGAAUCGCAACCAAGCGUGACAAGGUUUUAGCUGUCACCAUGAUUGUGCUUGCUGUGUUCUCCAAUUCUGUGGCCCUAUACAGCGACGCUCUUAACAUCUUCUACAGGAAGGUGGAGGCCUAGGCUCCAUACUCCAAGGGAGCAAGUCCAGCCUACGGUUAAGAGUGAAUAUACGCUAAGUUAGUAUAUUGCGCAGUCAAGCAGUAUGAUUUCAUGGUGGCCAAUUAUUUUUGUUUUGGACACUUGAGAGGAUUCUGUUUGCUGCAUUUGUCUAGUGUUCUGAAUACAAGUUGGCUCAACAUCUAGAUGAGCAAUUUGUGAUAAGACCGCGGUGUUUGUGCCUAUGCCAAAAGAGAACAAUUUUUGUUCUGUAAUUUUUAUUCAGUCGUCUUGAGGAAGCUGUUUAUACGAAAUAAAGCAUCCUGAAAACUUGAACCAAUUGAGGCACUGUUGUGGUUAUGUAAUUUAAAUUUCCAGCAACUGAUUUACACCUCUGAAUUCAGUUUAA